UGUUCCCCUGGUUUGGCUUGGACAUCGGAGGCACCCUGGUGAAACUCGUGUACUUCGAGCCCAAGGACAUCACCGCCGAAGAGGAGGAGGAGGAGGUGGAAAACCUCAAAAGCAUCCGCAAAUACCUGACCUCCAACGUAGCCUACGGCUCCACGGGCAUCCGGGACGUGCACCUGGAGCUCAGGGACCUUACCCUGUGUGGGCGCAAAGGCAAUCUGCACUUUAUACGCUUUCCUACCCAUGACAUGCCUGCUUUUAUUCACAUGGGCAGCCAGAAGCACUUCUCCAGCCUCCACACCACCUUGUGUGCCACCGGAGGCGGGGCGUACAAAUUUGAGCAGGACUUUCGCACAAUGGGUGACCUGCAGCUGUGCAAGCUGGACGAGCUGGACUGCCUUGUCAAGGGGGUUCUGUACAUCGACUCGGUGGGGUUCAACGGGCACUCGGAGUGCUACUACUUCGAGAACCCGACGGACGCCGAGCGCUGCAGGAAGCUCCCCUUCAACCUGGAGAACCCCUAUCCCCUCCUGCUGGUGAACAUUGGCUCAGGGGUCAGCAUCUUGGCCGUCUACUCCAAAGACAACUACAAACGGGUGACGGGCACCAGCCUCGGAGGAGGAACCUUUUUUGGUCUCUGCUGCCUUCUUACUGGCUGCUCCACCUUUGAGGAAGCCCUAGAGAUGGCGUCCCAUGGAGACAGUACCAAAGUGGACAAGCUGGUGCGGGACAUCUACGGAGGAGACUACGAGCGCUUUGGGCUGCCAGGCUGGGCUGUGGCAUCCAGCUUUGGGAACAUGAUGAGCAAGGAGAAGCGGGAGGCUGUGAGCAAGGAGGACCUGGCCAAGGCCACGCUGAUCACCAUCACCAACAACAUCGGCUCCAUCGCGCGCAUGUGCGCGCUCAACGAGAACAUCAACCGCGUGGUGUUCGUCGGCAACUUCCUGCGCAUCAACACCAUCUCCAUGCGGCUGCUGGCCUACGCCCUGGACUACUGGUCCAAGGGGCAGCUGAAGGCACUUUUCCUGGAGCACGAGGGUUACUUCGGCGCCGUCGGUGCCCUCCUGGAGCUCCUGGGCUCCGCCUGA